AGUCUGUCUAUCCUGCUUCUAAUCAGCAUUCCCCUUCCUCUAGUUUACACUUACGCUCACCUCUGCCUCGAAUUACCGAAUCAUCUUCUGUUGUGGCUCCCCAGUGUACCUUCAUCAAACCGCCUUGCCACCAUCCCAGGGAACUUUUUCAUCCGACCCCCACCGCAUCUCCCGGAUUUCGCGCCCCCGCGCCUCACGACCUUCAAACGCGAUUUGAUCGAUGCUUGAGCGCUCCCUCGCCAACUGAAGACACCUAGACAUCCCCAAAAGCCAACAUGGCGGGUGGCGAUGGCUCCGAGGCGGAGGCAUCGGGGCUUGUCAACACGCUCCAAGGGCAUGUGGAUGACAUUCGAAGCCGUUUGCAAUGUGGUAUAUGCAUCAGACCUCUUUAUGAGCCAUUCAGUCUUGCUUGCGGACAUACCUUCUGCUACACCUGUCUUGCCCAAUGGUUCAGUGGUGGUAGAUCGAAGCGGACAUGUCCGGAUUGCCGGGCUCCCGUCAAGACUCAGCCCGCGCCGGCGUAUCUGGUUCGAGAGAUCGUACACAUGUUCACGAGUCGAGCAGAGCUGUUGGAUAAAGGGGAAACAACCGCCGAACAUCUAUCGAACCGGCAAGCAGAAUCGGAGAAACUGGACCAAGACAAAGCAAAUACGCACCCACAUACUGGUGGUCUGUUUGGAGGUCUCUUCAAGCCCAAAGCUCCCGCAUUGAAGCCCCUUAUCGAUGUCGAUGAUGGGGUGAUGCGAUGCCCGAAUUGUCAGUGGGAGCUCGAAGAAGAUGCAUGUGGGGGUUGCGGAUGGAUUUAUCGCCCGGACGAAGAUAUAACCGAUUACAGCGGAUCUGAUGAGGAUGACUACGAUGACGAGACCGAUGAUGACUCGAUGCUUGAUGGAGAGGACCCCGAAGAUGAUGAAUUCGGGGACAUUGAUGUUGAUGACAGUGCUUGGGGGCCGUACGGGGCUUACGGCAGGCCAUUCCUUUUCGGAGAGGGAGGCCCAAGUGCUGCUGCUCUCUUUGGACCUUUCGCCCAUGCUCUUGGAGACCAUGUCUACCCCCCGCAUCCCUGGGGGCCAGUUCCUGCUCCCGGGGACUAUGAUAGUCAUUACGAGGACGACGACUUUGAGGAGGAGGAAGAUGAGUAUGAUGAGAUGGACUCCUUUAUUGACGAUGAGGAGCGUACAAACGGCGUGCAAUACGACUCCGAUCAUUCGACUGUCGUCGGCGCCAAUGGACCUCCGAAUCGUGCUUCUCCGACCCGGAGACAAGGUCGACCCGUGGUAAACCUCGACUCUUCGGAUGAAGAUCUGAGCGAUCCCGAGGACGGCGAUACUACUGGCGUGUCAUUCGCUGAUGGAUGGACCCAUCAUCCUUCUGGAGUAGGGGCGUCUAGUAGCCCUCCCUCUCAAUACCACGACACCCGGUCUACACCGAUAGGUUCUUCUCUCUUUGAUAACGAAGUGUCUGAAGAUGAGGACGGUGACGAUGAUGACGACGACGAGGAUGAUAAUGAAGUCGACGAUGACGACGAUGACGACGAUGACGAGGACGAUGAAGAACCUCUUGUCAGCCGUGGGCGUUACCGCCAGCGACUCGAAGUCCCUGCCUCGAGUGAUGGGAGUGAAGUAACGGAAAGCCCGUCACCACGACUUAUGAGGCCUGCCAGGCAUACAGGGUCUUCAACCCACAAUGCUAUCACCAUUGCUGACUCUGAUGAAGAGCAACCGGUGGGUCCCGUGCGGCGGGCGACGCAAACACGGCGCGCUCGCUUCUCGCCUUACUGAACAUGGCUAUGCAUCCCUGGACAUCGGUCCCCAUUUUCUUCCUUGCUUGGCUUCGGCGUUAUCCCAUUUCGAUUGCAAACAGCAUGGCGCUCCGGAUGGAAUAGAAAAGUUGCUCCACACUUCUCAUAUGAUUUGCACACCCCUUCGUCUGAUUUACCAAGUCCGUAUCUCUUCAGCCGGCGCAGUGACCUCUUUGGCACAAUUCUCUGUCUUCGUUUGGCUUCCUCCUUCGACCCAUCAUUUUUCUUUUAAAUACCCCUAUCCUUUGGUUCGAAUUUUUCUCCCUGGGCACGGACAAAGUAUGUCGGUUUUUUCUACCAUUUAUUUCUUAUCUCUGGUUGUGAGAUCAUAGCGAGCGAGGAGGUAUUCUAGGUACAUGUAUUUAUUUUUUUUCUGUUUACAAGGGCUUAUUCUAGUCUAGUCUGCUGGCUCCGGCUUCUACCAGGGACAUUCACAAUCUACCAUUACGAAAUUAGUACUUCCUUGCCUUCGCAAUACUAUCCCAAUGUGGUCAAAUCUUGAGUUCUAUGAGAAGUAAGGCCUC